UAGGAUGGAUAUCCAUCUGGCCAAAGACAUUAGAAAUACGAUGUCUGUCCCCUCCUAUUUUUACCAUCAUUUCUUGGGAAAUUUCUGUUUUUUUCGCCAAUUUAUCAAUUCAUUAAAAAUGUCUCUGAAAUUCCUACGAUUACCUUAAAAAAAAAUUGGAUUUGGGUUUUGUUGAGGACAGAUCUUUGAUGAACAAACCAAAGAAUAUUUGGUGAUUGGUCUUACGCGCGCCACCUCAGGGAACCCCUCCCUCACUGAGGAUUUCUGUAAUUGAAAGAAAGCUGGCUUCCUACGCUUAAUGGGACAGUGUUGGUCUUGCUGGAGUAGGUUAUGCAAUUGCAAAGGACAUAAUAAACGGAGCCAGGCUGGUGGAAAGGCUCAACAUAUUACCAAAGAAGAGAGUUGGGAAGAAAAAUUAUCGGAGGCUAGGCGAAAUGAUAAAAUUGUUGUGGUUAAAUUCUCUGCAACAUGGUGCAAGAACUGUAAAGAGAUAGCAGGAACCUACCGCGAGCUAUCUGAUAAAUAUCCUUCUUUAAUUUUUCUCACUGUAGAUGUUGAUGAGAUGCCAGAGUUCAGUACUUCAUUUGAUAUAAAAGCCACCCCAACGUUUUAUUUUCUUAGAGCUGGUCAACCGAUGGACAAACUAGUAGGAGCCAACAAAUCUGAACUCCGCAGGAAGCUUGGUACCAUUGCUGAGUUGUCGGCCAGGAUGUGAUGUUCACAUUCCUGACAAAACAAUUACUUACAUAGUAUAUCGUACUACAUUUGGAUUAAUUGUUGCUUGCUUUCUUGUUUCUGUAGAAGUCAUUCCCAUGUUAUAAAAGGCAAAAGCUCUUGUACA